AUGGUCGACGGGGCGAGUGCGACACAACGCGACAGCCCUGCUGAUACGUGUCUGAGUCGGUGGAUGCGUUCUUCGGUGGAUGCGUGUCCGCGCAGCCGGCACCGUGUGCGGCGCAGGGCCAUUUUGGCUGUGCGUGUGGCGCUGCUUGUUGUGUUGGUGCUGGCAGCAGCUGCUGCGUGGAUGCCUGCGGUGCAUGCGGUGGUGUUGCGACUGCGGGGCGGCACGGUGGACAGAGCCAUCACGGUUGGCCGUGCCGUGGACACGGUGCUGAUGGACGGCGUUUACAUCACGAACGGCGUGGCUGUGGUGUUCGACGUGCCGGCGAUGCUUCCCGGUGCGCUGCGCAUCGAACUGAGGAACUGCGUGUGCGACGGCGGUGCGCAGAUCUACGUGCGGGGCUACAGCGGCGAGCCGGCGAGUGACCGGAGCCUGGAGGUGAGCGUGAGCGGGCUGUCCGGGAGCUACUGCUCGCUUGUGUUUGUGCACAACCUGCCGGCACACACGAACGUGACGGUCCGCGACUCGACGAUUGUGACGCCGGGGCCGAUGCGCUACUCGCAGCUGAGCGGGCUGACGGACGCGGUGGCGUCGCCGCUUGUGCUGCACGCGACGUCGCUGUUGCAGUCGCAGCUGCGUGUGAGCAACACUGUGCUGAGGUCGUCGCAGGCGGGCGGGUCGGCGGUGUACGUUGGCGGCGGCGUGGACCUGCUGUCGGGCGCGGUGGUGCUUGACGGCGUGUCGCUGGAGGCGUCGGGCGGUCUGACCGCGUCCGCGAUGCGUGUGGCGUCUUUGUCGCGUCUCAGUUUGCGGAGCCACUCGGUGUUCUCCGUGACGGACGUGUCGGUUGUGAGCAGCGGCGGCGGUAUUGUGCUUGGAGAGCGCCUCGCGGUGUUUGAUUCGGUGCUGCGCUUCGUGCGCGUCGAGGGGUCUGUUGCGUCGUCGCUGGUGCGCUGCGACGGUGGGACGAUCGGUGACGGCGGGUGGCUGGACCUGCGCGACGUGUGGGCGGUGGGCGAGGCGUCGUCCGUGGCGUUGCUGUCGGGUGUGAUGCUGAGCGGCGGUGCCGUGUCUACUGUGCGCUGCGCUGCCACCGGCGCGACGCUUGUCUCUGGGCCGACGAUCACGAGCGGCACCGUGACCGUGCAGUGCAACCGUGCCGGCGGCGGGGUGCUACAGAGCAGCGGCGACUACCGCAUGGCCGGCCUGCCCUCCGUGAGCGUGGUGCCGUGCGACGGCUGUGCGGCUGCGCUGGCGUGCUUUGAUGCGCUGACGGCGUCGUUCUCCGACUGCGUGUGCAGCUGCCGUGCCGGCGGCGUGGGCGAGGCGUGCCUGCCGUUCGACGUGCCGCCUGCGAGGGCCAGUGGUGGUGGCGAUACUGCGGAGGAUUGCGUGAGUGGCGUGACGCUGACGGAGUCGGUGACGGUUGGCGGCGGGCGUGCGACGGCGUGCUUCGACUCGGUGGUGUUCAGCGGACCGAUCACUGUGGCGGUGGACCUGCGCUCGAUGGACGCGUUCGCUGACGCACUGAACGUGACGCUGCGCCACUGCGUGCUUGCGGGCGGCGCGCAGCUGCGGAUCGGCGGCCUCAGCGAGAGCACGGCGCACCUGAUGCCGCACGCUUUCGUCAACAUGACGAAUGUGACGUCGGUGGAGGGCACGAUUGUGCUGCAUGGCGCGAUGCCGCUGCACUCGAGUGUGCUGCUGGCGAACUCAACGCUGCGUGCGACGGUUGGCGGGUCGCAGUACGUGCCGACGACCCGUGGCCGUGAGGGAUCCCGGUACGGCCCCGCGCUUGUCCUGGACGGUGUCCGGCUUCUGUCGACGUGUUUUGUCAUGACGCGGUCGACGCUGGUGUGUGGCGGGGGUUCGUGCGCUGCGAUCCUCGUGGAGCGUGGCCUCGGCGUGAACCUGUCCAGCGUCUUCUACAUGGACAACUGCGUUAUUAGGUCGCGGAAGCACGUGAUGUACGCUCUUGCGUCGGACCUGCGUGUUGUUAGCGGCUCCGUGUUCUCCAUACAGAACAGCUCGUGGAUUGCACCGAGCACCGAAUACGACAAAGGCGCGUGUGUGUUCAAGGAUGUUGUGGUGGAUGGCGGCAGCGUAAUGCAGGUUGUGUCCAGCACUUUCCGUCUCGGCCUCGCCAUGCUGAUGGCAGCCACGCUGACCGUGACUGGCGGCAGCUGGCUGGUGCAUCGCAACAACGAGUUCCGCACCGCCUACGUUGUGUACGUGGCCGCCCACCACGGCAUGGUGUUCCGCGAUCAGAGCGUGUGGUCGAUACUUGACAACAACCUCACGUACGGCUCCUAUUCGUCGACCAUCGCAAAUAUGACAACCAAGUGGUCACCACCAUCCGACACGCGCCCGACCAUCUACGGCAUGUGCAACGAGGCAAGGGGCUCACCUGUGACGAAUUACCAGUACGACCUGAAUAUUGGGACGCCCGUGACGGUGCUGGACUGUGGUGCGUGCACGGUGGACGCCGUGUGCUUUGCAGCGAGGACGAGCAGCAUCAGCGGCUGUGAGUGCGUGUGCGCUGCUGGCGGCUACGGUGACACGUGUCUGCCGGCUGCGGUUCCGGACGGC